CUCUCUUGGCCUUUAGAACUCUCUGGAACCCCUUAUUGUGCUCCUGGCGGUAUAAUACUCCUCUCUUUCUGUCCCUGUCUCCCUCCGCCACAUCUCCGCCGUAUCCGAGGCGAUCUCAUCAGGCCCCGUUGCCCUAAUCCCUGCACGGAGCCAAGCCGCCGUCAUGGACGAAGAGGACUUCGAUCUUCCGGGCGGCGAGGAGGAGGCCGCGAUGAUGGACCCGCCCGACGAUGGCCCCGCCCUCAAGGUCGGCGAGGAGAAGGAGGUCGGAAAGCAGGGGCUCAAGAAGAAGCUCGUCAAGGAGGGGUCCGGGUGGGAGACGCCCGAGGUGGGAGAUGAAGUCGAAGUGCACUACACUGGGACUCUGCUCGACGGGACCAAGUUCGAUUCGAGCCGUGAUCGGGGGACGGCGUUCAAAUUCAAGCUCGGCCAAGGACAAGUCAUAAAGGGAUGGGAUCAAGGUAUUAAAACUAUGAAGAAGGGUGAAAAUGCCAUCUUUACCAUCCCUCCAGAGCUGGCUUAUGGUCAAUCUGGUUCUCCUCCCACUAUCCCACCCAAUGCCACUCUCCAAUUUGAUGUGGAGUUACUGUCAUGGUGUAGUGUGAAGGACAUAUGCAAAGACGGAGGCAUAUUUAAGAAGAUCCUGAAGGAAGGGGAGAAGUGGGAGAACCCAAAAGAUCUCGAUGAAGUUCUUGUGACAUACGAAGCCCGGCUUGAGGAUGGAACUGUGAUCUCAAAAUCAGAGGGAGUAGAGUUUACUGUUAAAAAUGGUUUCUUCUGUCCUGCAUUGGCUAAAGCUGUGAAAACCAUGAAGAAGGCUGAAAGGGUGCUCCUUACUGUGAAACCACAAUAUGCAUUUGGCGGAAAAGGUAGACCGGCUUCUGGUGAUGAGGGUGCUGUGCCACCAAAUGCCACUCUCUGUAUUGAGCUUGAAUUAAUAUCAUGGAAGACUGUUACCGAGAUAGGGGAUGACAGAAAGAUCAUUAAGAAGACUCUCAAGGAAGGAGAAGGUUACCAAAAGCCAAAUGAAGGAGCGGUUGUGACAGUGAAGUUGAUUGGUAAGCUACAAGAUGGGACAGUCUUUGUGAAGAAGGGUCAUGAUGAGCAGGAGCCAUUUGAGUUCAAGACCGAUGAAGAACAAGUCAUCGAGGGUCUUGACCGAGCAGUGAUGAGUAUGAAGAAAGGAGAGAUUGCUUUGGUAACUAUUCCACCAGAAUAUGCAUUCUCAUUCACCGAGUCGAAGCAGGAACUUGCUGUGGUUCCUGCCAACUCCACUGUCAUAUAUGAAGUUGAGCUUGUAUCAUUUGUAAAGGAGAAAGAAUCAUGGGACAUGAACACCGCAGAGAAGAUUGAAGCUGCUGGUAAGAAAAAAGAAGAGGGAAAUGCAUUGUUUAAAUUGGGCAAAUAUGCUAGAGCUUCCAAGAGAUACGAAAAGGGUGCCAAGUUCAUCGAGUAUGAUAACUCAUUUAGUGAAGAUGAAAAGAAGCAAUCCAGGGCAUUAAAAGCCAUAUGCAAUCUCAAUAAUGCAGCCUGCAAAUUGAAGUUCAAAGACUACAAAGAGGCAGAGAAGCUUUGCUCCAAGGUGCUGGAGGUUGACAGCAGAAAUGUAAAGGCCCUGUAUAGGAGAGCCCAAGCUUAUAUUCAGCUUGCUGAUUUGGAUCUUGCAGAGUUGGACAUCAAGAAAGCACUUGAAAUUGAUCCGGACAACAGGGAUGUGAAAUUGGAAUAUAAAAGUUUGAAGGAGAAGAUGAGGGAAUACAACAAGAAAGAUGCCAAGUUUUAUGGCAACAUAUUUGCCAAAAUGAGCAAAUGAGAGAUGACCGAAGCCACUAAAACUGGAAGCUAGGCAGUACCUGAGCGGGCAAUGGACAGAUGGAGCCUACGAGAGGUUGAUGAGAUUCGAGAUGAAUAGCUCUUUCCUUGGUCUUCUUUUGUUAAUCGUGGCAUCUUUGGAGUCGGUUUGCAUGGGGAUGGUAGGUAGUUAAUGUGAUCCACCUAUUAUGCAGAGGUUGGUGACAUGUUAAAGGUCUAAAACGAAAACUAUUAGUUGUGUUGGUGUGUCUCAAUAUCCCACGCACCUAAAAUUAAAUCUAUUUGGUCCAA